GACAACUAUUUUAUGAUGUAGAAAUUUUAGGUGCAUGUGAUUCACCUCACCAGGCUAUGCUAUGCUAUGCUGUGUUCUCUGUUCAUGAUUUGUCUUGAGCAAACCAAGGCCUUGUGAUCCUCAACAAUUAUAUACUUUUAUAUUACUGCUAAUAAUAAUACAUCUAUUUCUUUAUUUUUUUUUUCUUCUCCUUUCUUUACUCUUUUGUUUAAUAUAUCUGCAUUGCUGGACCUGUCUCAGGCAUCUCCUCCACAAAACUUCAAUCACAUUGGUCAAGCCACUGGGAUUUCUUUCGCAUGCCUCUACCCUCAUGCAAUAGCGCCUUGGUUUCCGUGUCUUCAAGAGAGAAUCUUAAAUUCCAAAACACUUCUGUUACAUUGUAUUCUUCUAUUUAAUCCCCAACAGUAUGUACUGACCACCUUGAUGGGGAAUAUCAGAGCAGAUUAGCAGAGUCUUCGUCAAAUUACCACACCCUUGUCUUGUCGCUUAACUUCCCUUCCUUCUGAGAUCCCCUUUUCUUCUCUCGUCUUCUUCUUCACAACAAUUUUUCGGUGCCCUCUAGCAGGCAUGAAGAUACAAGUCUGAGUUCAAAUUUCCUACAAAGAAGCACUGGUUCAAAGUUCAUUUGCUCAGAAGCUAAGUAGAUUACCGAUGGAGAAGCUUGUUAGGUCCUGCGACAAAGAGUACAUGAGGAUGGCCAUGUUAAAACACGAAGAAACCUUCAAAGAGCAGGUAUAUGAACUACAUCGUUUGUACCGAAUUCAGAAGAUACUGAUGCAAAACAUGGAAACCAGAAGAGGUGUUGAAGUAAGCGAAGAAGAGUGGUACUUGAAGAAUGCGAUUAGUUUAACUCAUAAAGGAGCACAAGAAAAGCCUCAAAUGAAAUUUGACCUUGAACGGCCAGCAGAGGAGCACAUUGCAGAAUCAGAAGAUGGGGUGCUUGAGGUCAUAGAUGAGACUGAGAUUGAGCUAACAUUAGGCCCCUCAAGUUACAACCGUAGGAAGAAAGUUGAGACACCACUAACUUCAGAUUCAGGACACAGCUUGUCUUCUUCUUCUAGUGGAUCAAGCAUUAUAAACAAGACAAGAUGUCAUGGCAGUCAUAGCACAAGAGAAGAAUCAAGUGGAAGCAUAAUUCGCCUUGUCCAGAUGCCCGGUUCAACCCCAGGGUGCCAAAGUGGAAUUAGAAACAGUUUUGAUGUAGAAGAACAAUUAAGACAAGAGAGAUUAAAACAUUCACCUUGGCUUUUUCAAGUGUUGAAUCUGAACAUGACUUGAAAAGAAAAAAUCUAUGGUCAAUGCGAUAUAUUUUAUGUUUGUGUUUUAAGAAUUAAGACUAACUUUUGUGGAUGAUGUUUGUUUUGAAUGUUCAGCCGAAUUAUUGAGUGUGGUGGGAUUUGAUGUGUC